AUGACUAGGCGCAUUUUUUCAAUUUUAUAACUGGAUACAUAGUUGAUUCAGUCAGUUAAUUAUGUGAAUAAGUUAUUUUAACAGCUUUAUUGAAACGAACUCUAACGUUAUAUUUCUAUUGAAUUCAUAAACUUACUAAAUCCCUUUAUAAACAUGGAUGUAUGGAAAUGGGGUUUAGUCGUUAAGUGUUAUAAGGUAGUGACAGCGUUUAUUGGUGUAUCUUCUGCUGACAUGUUAUUGUAAGUAACUAUACGGUGAAGUUAAUGAUAUUAAAAUUUCAGGUUUUAAAUUUUUCAAAAUAAGUUUGGGAUAUAAAUAUAGAAAAUCCGUUGGUGUUUGAAAAGGGAUAAGUUUGCCAUUAUUUACAUUUAAAUGGGUAAAAUGCAUGCGUAGAUUCCAGUAAAUUUCACUUUAAAUCUGAAAAGGGUUAUGAUUUGAUAUUUAAACGCACGGAUACAAAUAAAAUCUGAAUUAUACGCAUCACAACAAUGUGAAUUCACGUGUCGUAUAGUCACUUGCACAUGCAUAUAUUAAUAAUGUGAUACAACGGUAAAAUAUUUGAAAAAAAAAACAACAACAACAACAACACAACCAACAACAAAAAAAUACAACAAAAAUCAAAUGAUGUCAAAUUAACCGGAUUACAAGAUGGAAAGGCUUUCUGCACGAACUGUUUUUCACGAAAUUUCUAUGCAGCAAAGGACUCCGGACGAUGACGACGACAACAGUUCGGGGAGCGGGGACAGUGCCCAACAUCCCGGCACGGGGAGAGGAUCAAAACAAACAUCAACACCUGCUGUCCUUGAUUCUGACGAGGAAUGGGACACUGAUUUAGAAACUGAAGACACGAAAUCACUUCGUCAUUACAUCAGAGAAGAUCAGGUCAAACAAGUUUAUCUUGCUGCAUGCCGACAACUGAACAUAGUUCCGGCACAUUGUUUUAUGAAAGCCAUUGAUAAAGAAGUCAUGAAUCUAAAUUUCCAAGGUCUCGGACCGUUAGGUAUACGGGCCGUGGCAACUGCACUUGUGAUCGACCGGUAUACUAAUAGGCUAGAUUUAGCGGGAAACUAUAUUGGACAUGAUGGAAUCAGAAAUCUUUGUGAAAUGUUGAAAGAAAACGACAUAAUAACAUGUCUAGAUUUGUCAGAUAACAAUCUAGAUUCAUACGCAGCAGAGAUGAUAGCAAGUGUGUUUAAAGUGAAUGAUACAUUGACAGACCUCAAGCUUUCAGGUAACAGUUUUAAAGAACAUGAUGCCGAAAGUUUUGCAGCUAUGCUGAACGUCGGAUCGAGAUUAAAAAAUGGACAAUUUACAGGCCUACGUAACCUUGACCUCUCGCACAAUGACCUUGGAGAUAUUGGUGGACAGAUUCUUGGACACGCAAUUGGAGACAAUGAAACGCUUACACACCUAAACUUAGCCUGGAACCAAAUUCGAAAGUCAGGGAUAUCUUGUAUUGCAAAAGGAAUUGGGGAAAACAAUAGUUUAUUAGUUCUCGACCUUACAUCAAACGGGGUGGAUAACGAUGGCGCUGAACUUCUGGGUAAAGCAUUGGCAAACAACAGAAAACUUACUGAAAUCAACCUGACAUCUAACAGAGUUGGCUCUAUAGGUGUCACAACCUUGUUCAAGUACAUUGCUAAAAAUGAGACCCUCAAAGUAAUUCGGUUAACAAAUAACCCUAUCACAAGUGAAGGGCCAGUAGUGGCAUUAACACUGUUGCUGAAAAGCGACUGCAGCGUCCUCGAGGAGUUUGAAAUAGCGGAUGCGUGUGUACCGAGGGAGUUUUAUACUGUUCUUGAAGAGGUACAAAACAUUCGACCACAGUUCAAAGUUCAUCUUGGAGGUUUCAUGAACGCUCGCGAUAUGUGCAAGGCUGAAGCUAAAACUCAGACAGAGGCUUGGAAGAAAGAUCCAAUACUUGUGUUCAUUAACUUUAUUGAAGAUAUGAAGAUGAAAGUGUUUGAUAUAUUUAAAGCGUUCGAUAAAGACAAAAGCUGUACUCUCACACGAGAUGAAUUCAGACUUGGACUCAAGAAGGUCGGUUGUCCACUGGAUGAAAAGGAGUUGAAGCAAUUGUUAGAUAUUCUGGAUGCCGACAAAGAUGGCGAAAUUGAUUUGGGGGAAUUUAUGGAUGGAUUUGAUAGACAUAAGCGACGUUUAACAAAGUACCUUAAAACCGGCUCCACAAGUAGAGUGUCGUCUGCUAUGGAGCCGAGAGAUAGUUCGACACCGCAAAUUACUGAUAGGCCUUAAAGUAGAACGCCAUCGGUGAGUGCCUUCGACAAAAACGGCAGUUGGAAAAGUGCUAAAUGUAUUUGUAGAUGUUGAUGUCACAACAAUGAAAAUGUUUUGUUACAAAAUUAAAACGUUCACGGGAUAAAAAAAUAUCUGCUAUACAGUAGUCUUUAUGUAUAAAAUUAUAUACACACAAUUUUACAUUGUGUAUUUUUUUUUCUAAGUUGCACAGAACUUACAAAAUAAUAAAGCAAUUAAAACAUGCCAUGAUUGCCAUAAUUUAUAGAACUGUGUUGAGUUAUUAGCCUGGAAAUAAAAACCAUUUAAGCACAUUUUUUAAACAAAUUUUAUUCAUAUUUAUACGAAACAAUGUCAAGCACCAAGAUAUAUCAUGUUAAAGAAAGGCGAUGCUCAAUUCAAUAAAAAAGUAAUUGUUUUAGCGCAUAUAUGUGUAUAAAUGUUAUGGCUGUGAAGUGUGGGGAUCAAGCGGUUCUCAAGUAGAUGCCUUGUUCAUUCAUAAACGAAUUUUAUAUUAUAGGAAAGCACAUUGUUUAUGAACAGUAGCCAUAUCUUUUUUGAAAGAUUACAUAACAGGACGAGCGUUUUAAGACUUGAAUUGUUUUAAAAAUAUUUUUAAUAUUCAUGUAAAUUAGGUUCUUACAGUUGUACCGACAAAUAUGGAUUUGCCAUAUGAUAUAAACGUUAUAAAAUAAUUUAUAUGAAAUCUAUUCAAUGUGUUCUUUUAUUUAUUCUUUUAUUAUAUAGUUGCAAUAAAUUAGUUGACUCUU